UGUUGUUAUACGGUGGCACUCAGACGCGCGCUGCUCCCUGGCACUCCUCCCUGGCACUCCUCCCUCCAGCCGCUCCCACUCACACCACUAACAAUGACUUGAGGGCCACCUCCCGGACGCACUUAAGGCCUAGGUGGAAGAGGACAUAACUGGAGUGCCAGGUGGAGGACAUACUUAAGAGCCAGCUGGUGGUGAAGCUACUCAAGGAGCCGAGUGACAAGACACACUUAAGUGUGUUGUUGUGACUGGGGGAUGUGAACCUAGGGUGGAUAGGUGUUGAUAAUGUGUGGCCACUCUGGUCAAGUGUGGCCACUCUCAGGAUGGUCCAUGUGGCCCCUCGCUCUGUCUUCACCCUUGGUAAAGGGACCUUGUACAGACGCAGCUAGUGUGCGACUGCGGGCUGACGUGGCUGGCGGAGGCUGUGGCCACUAAGAGAGUCAACAUCUCCAGAGGCUCAAAGUGCUACCGCCCUCGAGCUCUCAACGGUACCCACAUCAAGAAGCUCACGCCAGAUCAACUCCAGUGUCAUGGUCCCGGCCUCUCUGUGGUGGAGCUGGAGCCGGGGCUGGACCAGGUGGUGUUCGCCGGGGACUCCUUGCGUCUCCGCUGCCGGGUCACCAGCGCCGAGGAGAGCCACCAGGUAUGGUGGGCACACGGCGAUGCCCACAUCGUGCCCAGGAAGCCCGCCUCCAACAGCUCCGCCACUGUCACUGGCUACCUUGACCAGCACCACCAGCGCGGAGGAGCCAGCGUCAAGAUCACCUACAUGCCCGAGGCUAUAGAGAGCAUGGUUGAAAUCCGGGAGCUGAACGGGACUCACAGUGGAGAGUGGUCGUGUCUGGUGCAGGGACAGCAAGGUAACCACACGCGCACAGUCAGCAUCUACGUCAUUGCCCACGACACCAAGUACUGCCCCAUCAAUGAGACAAGUAACAAUCGAGGUUCGUAUGUGUGGCCGCGAACUGUGGCGGGUGUGACAGUAGAGUUGGGGUGUGCCGGUCUUGUCCCGCCUCAUCAACGGGGACCCAAAAUAUCCAUCAAAGUUGCAGCAGCAGCAGCAGCAGCAACCACACCAAGCCUGCGGGUUGCCAAACAUGUGUGUACAGUUGAAGGCUUUUGGAACGCACUGGACACUUCCGAUUGUCCCUUCGUGUCCGAGACGACCAAGAUCUUGGAGCAGUUCGCUUCUACCAAUCUCGUGGCCAGCAAGAGAGAGCUUGUCGAAAGUGCUAAAAGUCUGCGCAAUUUUACUCGUGAUGGGAAGAUUCUCCGUGAUGCCGUGGAUAUUGUGUUCUUAGCCAAGACUGUGGAGCAGUACACUAACCUUCUGGGGACACUUUCAGGUCCCAAGGAGACAGCAUCCACACUGAUUGAUAUUAUCAGUGCAUCAAUGUCAACUGCUAAAGAACUAUUAUACAUGGCAGAGGUCCUUGAUGGUGCCUGUCAGCGCUUGUUGAAGUGUCUGUGGGACGUGGCAACGUACUUCCCCACCUUGAAUCGUGCUGCUUAUCACAUUGAGCUUCAUCAGUUCAGCAGGCAACCAGAAACCUUCUCUGGGCUCACUUGCAACUGGUACAGACGUAGUGUGCACUCAACUGAGCGACAUUUCCGGUGCAAUACCAACAAUUACUCGAUGCUCUAUAGUGAUGAUGAGAUAAUGGAUGCCCAGAUCCAAGUUCCAUCUAGUUUAUUCUCAAGGGAACAGCUGAAGGCAACAAAUACAUCAGAGGAUGAGACGGGGCUUCCCAACUCGCAAACAGUGCAACUCCAGUUUUUUGUGUAUGAUACAGCUAAAUUCUUCCCCCGGGUACUAGCUGGCAACUCUGAUACAUGGGAAAUUACUUCACCUGUGAUCGGUGUGAGAGUAAGCGAUCAGGAAGAGGAAUUACAACUAGAAGACAGUGUGUAUGUUACUCUUCGAUCAGCCAUUUACAGCCACAACAUCAUGCCUGUAUGGUGGAAAGAGAAUGCUACAAGUAAUCAAGGAAAUUGGACUAGUGAAGGUUGCAAAAUUGUUCGCAUGUUGAACUCUCUGGUGGUUUUCCGGUGCAAUAGGUUAGCUCACUUCGCCCUCUUGCAAGACAUGGCAGCUUUGCAUCGAAGUCAAGAAGGAGCAAAGGGUGCAGAAUUUCGACCAAGUGCACCUGGAGUGUAUGUUGGCAGUGCAGUUUGUAUUUUAUUCCUAAUGGCAUCUAUAGUAACAUGGGCUGCUCAUCAUCAUCGUAUUGCCACUAUGAACAAAAACAAACAUUCUUUAAUAAACACUUGGAUUGCUUUGCUGUUACUAGUGAGUUUGUUUACAGCGGGUGUUUAUCAAACUGAGAACCAGCAACUGUGCCAAGGGAUAGGAGUUGCUCUUCAUUACUUAACAACAUGUGUGUUUCUGUGGAUUAUUGUGACUGUAACAAACUUGUACAAGAAGGUCACUAAAGCUCUGCGUCCUCCAGUCCCAGUUGAAGAUACCCCACCUGACAUCCCCCUGCCACCCAAGCCAAUGCUCCGUUUCUAUCUAGUUGGGUGGGGCAUUGCACUUAUCCUCUGUGGCAUAUCUGCAGCUGUCAACCUUCAGCAGUAUGCAGGAUACAGCUACUGCUUUUUAGCAUGGGGACCUAGUUUAGGGGCAUUUUAUGCCCCAACAGCUGCUCUUGCUUUUAUCCUCUCCACUUUUUUCCUGCUGACCCACUGUAUGCUGAGAUCACUUCGGGCUAAUUAUCCUGAAGUUACCGGUGCUACUGAAACGACAGAAUUAGAACUUUUAGAUGCAAACUCCCCAAACUCGGAAAAUGCAAAUGUUCCGGGCGAGGAAGAGCUUAGUAUUGCUUCUCGGGACACAGCAGUCAGUGUAUCGGAUGGACAGCACAGCCCUCUCACACAAUUAAGGGCACAUGUAGUUACCCUGUUACUUUUCAUUCUCACAUGGGCAGCUGCUGCAAUCACCACUGCAGCACCAUUUGCUUCUGUAAUCCCACACCAUACUACAAUCUUUAGCAUUAUUUAUGCCAUAUGUGCUAGUAGUUUGGGCAUAUUUAUAUUUGUGUUCUUUUGUAUAAGCCGCAGUGACAUAUGGGAGGCAUGGCGAGAAUGUUCCUGUGCAUUUGGUAGACAGAGGAAAGAGGAGGAAGAGGUACAUUUGACAACUCCAGCCAAUAACAGCAGUGCUAAUCACAUUGUAGCAUCCAAUAACCAACCACGAGGACCUGUAGGAGCACCCAGCACACACAGUCUGGAUUCCUCCCAAACCCACCAAACAAACAAAUCGUCAUCUGUUUCUCACAGUAUUCUUACUUCAAAUAAGCCAGAAAGUCUCAGUAAAGCCACCAAUAAUCUCCAGCUACUGAGCUUGGGCACCAUGACAAAUGAUCUCCAUUAUGCACCAGAAAUUUUUUACAACCCUAAACAAGCUGGAGUUGCCAAGAGGUUUUUUCAGAAACAACGCAUGAGGCAAAUGGUAAAACAAAAUAAUCUCGAAAUUAACAGGACAGACAGUGAUUGCAAUUCCACAGUUUACAAACCAAAGAUUUCACGAUCAAUCAAUUCAGAACCCAGCAAAUCCAAUUUUGAUCCCUCAUGUUUAGGAGCCUCAAGCAAAGUAAACAAUACUAAUAUUCAUGUAGAUUCAAUGUAUGCUUACAUACCAAGCGAGUUUCAGAAGGGUGGAGGAAAACAUGCCAGUAAAGACCCUACUCCCGAGGUGCUUUGUGUAUUGGGACCAAGCAAUGAUACCAAAAUGAUUGGCCUUUAUCCAUCAAUGAACAUUGAGAGACCGAUUGACGUGGACAGAGGGUGGGCAACCAUACCUCGUAAACCACGUGCUUUUAUGGAGGAACCACUAAGCCCUAUGCGGCGUGGUGGAUCUUUCCCUAGCAUUGUGGAGGAAGGGCAACUAACAUCUCAGGCUACCAGUCAAAGCUCAGCCCUGGAGCAGCUACCAUAUAUCCCCCAAGAGCAGCUACAACAGCAGAGACUGUUUAAUUACCCAGUACUAGGCCAGGUGGCCCCUAUGAAUCAACAGUUAAUACAGUAUCAUAACCCUAGACUCCAGCAACACUUAGACGAGGAGGAUCUUGUAAGAAAAAACAGAAAUUCUUUUAAUUCCGAACAAACCGAAAGAUCUGACGUACCAGUUAUAACACGAAAUGUUGAUCAUUCUCGAAUUGGUCGACACCACAAAUACAGAUCGGGUCGGGAGAGGCCUCGACCCGGAAGAAAUAGGCGUAAAGUCACCAGAUCAAGAGGAAACUGUGCACUUGAUGAAAAAGAUGACUGGACAGAUGAUAACACGUCUCCUAUUAUUAUUAAUCACUUGCCAUCUAGAGAGCCUGGAACAUCAGAAUCUGACAAGGAUGGAAAUCCUCAUCGGUUUGUGCCAUAUCCACAGCAUAUUCAUGCCAUCACCCCACCCAACACUCAGCAUGCUGCUCUCCAGACUGGUAUUGAUUCUGUAAAUCCAACUUUGCCUUCAGAGCAGCCAGGGGAUAUGCUAUGUAUCAAUAUGUCCUGGCCACAUGUUAUGAAUUCUGCUAACUCAGCGGAUCAAAAUGAUAGGACCGGCUCGGAGAAAGGUAAUUGCCAGUGUCUUCAUGCAGCAUAUUCUUCUAACUUGGAUGAUUCUUCUCAAUUGCCAUUAGAGAUGUGUUGUGAUGAAGAUCACGGUGAAGAUGGGGAGUGUGAAGCAUGGGACAGUGAAUGUGGCGAUGUGUACUGGUGUGAUGGUGGCGGCGAGGAACGUAUUAGUGUUUGCGAGGUCAGUGGAUGUGAGAAUUCCAGUCUUUGUGGAGGAGCAUGUGGAGCACCUGGAGAUUUGUGUGGAAGCCAGAGCAGCGAGGGUGGGACCAGCAUAGGAGGUGCAAGUGUGGAUCCUGCUGUUGGCACUAGUCCUCGGGGAAGUGUCAAUAUCUCGGAUUCCCCAUAUGACUCUCCUCUACACCGUCUUCAUCAAAAUACUCCAGAUAGUGGAUCUCUGGAUUCAGGUCUUCUCGGGUCUCCAGGGCGGCCUCCAUAUGAUACAACACUUGCAAACAGUGGCCAUGUUCAUAGCACACCAAAAGAAGGGGAUAUGUUCCACAAAAUUGAUCUUCCACCAUGUGAAGCAUACAUGCAAGACGUAAGUACAGAAACGAUAAACUCACAAGAUGAUCUCGACUCCACUAACUCUAAUAGUGGAUACUUUAAGACUGAAACAAGCACAGCAGAUUCUUCUGGGAACUCUAUUUUCUAUCAUACCAAUAGCUCGGUAGAAACGGUUUUAAGAAAUGGUGACAAAUAUGAUGGUGUAAAUGAUAGCAGUGAUGAUGGGAAGUUGUGUAAUAAAGAUCAUAGAAGAGCAAGUGUUAAAGGCGAUAGUGAAGACUAUGAAAACACACUGGACCAGGACCCAGAUUCUAAUUCAAAGAGAGAAACGUGCGUUUAGCAAAGCUUUCUUUUUGUGCUCGGAGAUAAUGUACAGUAUUUAUAUUGUAAAAGUUCCUGUUUGUGGCAUUUUAAUUCAUUUUAAUAUGAAUAGACUGUGUUAAUGAGUUAUAAUUAAUAUUUGUAGGAGUGUAUAGUUGUAGAAUUUAAUUUGUACAGAUCAAAAUGAUUAGCUAUAUAUUUUAACCAAUAUCACAUGUAUGGUAUAGCUCAUUACUAGACAUAUCAGUCGGCAAUUUAUUCAGUAUUUAAACCUGUUUUCAGAUCUUUUUACCGUGGAAAUCAUAACCGUUAUUGUACAUUUAUUGAUGCAGUUAUAAAUUGGUAUAGGAUAUUGCAAGAGGAUUGAACAUACAGUUCAUUAUAUGAACAUCAGUAUACUUGAUAUCUCGGCCAUUUUCUGUAACAUCAGGUGUUGUACCAUGAUGUCACCUGUUCGGCAGCGAUUGUGAUGAGAGUAUUAUAUACAUCACUGCAAAACAAAGGGACUUGCACAGAGUACUCGUCAGCCAAAAAACAAAAGGGUAGCCUUAUGUUGUAAUUUAACUUUUUUAUGGCAUUAGGAAUGCACUGUGUGUGGUGCUCAUAGGAAACACUCGGCAUGGCUGCUUUUGUGGCUUGGUCAAGGUUCUGAACAAAAUUAUCAUUAGAAGGGCACCGCAUAAAUUUGAACUUCAGCAGUUGUACAUUUAAGUGGGGAAGAGUAGCAUGGUAAGACUUAAUAAUUCUAAAUGCCAUAUAUUUCAUGGCAUUAAAGUACACACACAUUUAGUAUUGUGACAACUUUAAAUACUUCUUAGUUAAUGUUGAUACCGAGAUUCAUAAGCUUCGGAAUCUUAUGGAGGUGUAAUUUUUAUUUUGGUUUCCACUGUGGUUAUACCCAGGGUAUGUUGGUCUCCACUGUGGUUAUACCCAGUGUGUGUUGGUCUCCACUGUGGUUAUACCCAGUGUGUGUUGGUCUCCACUGUGGUUAUAGCCAGUGUGUGUUGGUCUCCACUGUGGUUAUACCCAGUGUGUGUUGGUCUCCACUGUGGUUAUACCCAGUGUGUGUUGGUC